AUGGGUGGAAUUUCAGUUUGCUCUCUGCUCUCUAAAACGGGCAUCGAGCGUCUGAAGGGCGAGACGCCCACCUGGGAGAGGGUGCCGUGCUGGCAGGGCAUGAAGGCGGCGUUUGGAGGCCCGCCCUCCUUGGCCUGGCUCAGCCCCUUUCCGGAGCUCACCUGCAGGAGGAAGUCCUCUCCGCGCGUCCACGCUGCCCCGCAGGAGGACGCCGCCGCCGCCGCCGACAUCAUCGAGAUCCCCCUGGAGUGCUGAGCCCGCGAAAGGACACUUUACCCACAGUGCCUUGCUUUGUCACUGCUCUUCAUAUGAAUGUUUCUUCAACACAGUGCUGGUGUGAAGUGUAACAAGGAAAAGGCCAUUUCAGUUAACGGUGCAUAUUGAAUGGACCUCCUAAGCU